CAGCCUCACGGAGUUUCUUUUUUUUUUUUUUUUCUCCCCUCUUUCUUCCUUCCUCCAGCUUUCCCUGAACAUAAAUCAUGAUCGGGGUUUAAACAGCACGCUUGGAAACACUGCGCUGUAGAUGAGAUGUUUGGUCGCGUCUGAUUGGUUUUCACCUGGGAAUACGGUUACCACGAUGCGAAAUCCAGGGAUGUAAUGAUGAUGAUGAAACAGGCGCUGGAUUAAAAAAAUAUUAAAGGUGUAACUACUGACCACACACACACACACACACACACACAGGACUGGACCACAAAAGGGGGGUUAUUUUGCUGUCAGCAUGGCUGUGAACAUGAUGCCCGCCCCCGCCCUAUGGCCCGUGGAAGAGCAACCGUCAUUGUUGGACCAGGACGGCUCUCUUUCGAUCCAGGCCCCCGUCUCUGAGCUGUGCCCACCAGUCAGAGGUGAAGAGCUUAUCCACAGCAGCAGCAGCAGCAGCAGCCCGGCUGGCGCAAGGCCCACCCGCAGCAAAUCUAAAGGAGAGCUCGUCAUAGUCAUCAACGAGAAGCUGAAGAACGGUAAUGGGAUCCACUCAGUGCCCGAGGAGAGCACCUCUCCUGUCAUCUCCUCUCCUCCCAGAAGACAACACUCCAUCUCUUACCCUCAUCAUGGCAAGACCAGGAAGGGGAGCAGGGCGAGCUCCAUCAGUUACACCGCCUUCUCACCCAGGCCGUCGCUUUCUCGCCACUCCAGCAUUGCCACCAACCCACCCUUGGACCGGUCCAAAGUCAAAGACUACCUCCUCCUCUCUGUGCUGGCCUGUUUCUGCCCAGUCUGGCCCAUCAACAUUGUUGGAUUUGUCUACUCCAUCAUGUCCAAGAACAGCCUCGAGCAGGGAAAUCUGGAUGGCGCUGUGCGUCUGGGACGCGUGGCCAAGAUGCUUUCCACGGUCUCACUAGUAGGAGGAACGAUCAUUAUCAUCGCCUGCAUUGUCAACCUGGCCAUAAAUGUGAAACCCUGAGUUUCAUCCCAGGAUGAAACUGGAUAAGGCAACAGACCGUCUGGCCCCGCACCUGCACCACCAUCUUUACCUGGCUAGUCAUUACCUGGAUGUGUGACAAAUGUGCCCCCCCUCACCCCCCUGAUAUACAGCGCUCACUUAUAUUUCUGUAAUCUAUAUAAAUCAAUUUUUGCUAAUGGAAGGGAAUAAAAUAUAGAAAUGCUGCUACUCUAAAUCUGGGGAGGGGGAGGGGGAGGGGGGUGUGAGGGAGGUGUCCAUGGGAUGUUAGAUGGAGAAGGGAGCAGACAGACUUUAAUCAGUCCCUUCGUAUUCCGGCCAUCACAUUCAGAACGAUUUUUUUUAAGAGAGACAGAAACUCUUGAAGAAAUGUUAUCACGAGCCUCAGAACUAGUGGACUAGAGAGCAGCGGAGCUGGUUACAGAGCAUGAAAUAUGAAGGAUCUGCCUCCCAGCUUCUGCACCGAGUGAGAACGAGUCCCAACAAAAACGACCUCCAAAGCCCAUCCUUCACUGCGCCGAUGAUGGGCCUCAGCUCGCCGUUAGAUCCCCUCAGACGCACGGAGAGGCCUGGGAUUUGUGUUGUGCACAUGGAAUCACACAGCAGAGAAGAAGCUCUUUGAAUCCCAGUAUGUCCUCUCGUUUCAGACUGUCCUCUGUGGCUCUAAUGACUCCAUGAUAUCUUGUGUUUGAGCGUACGGGCGGCAAAAGGAGGAUGAAAGAGAAGCUUACUGAGCCAUGGGUGCUAAAACGGAAGGGGAUUAUGGAGGCAUAGUCAUCACAGCGAGGAAGAAAUAUGUGCCAAAUAAAAGAAUUUAGAGGGGAAAGUUUCUUGCUUUGCAAAGACCUCGCUCUCACCAGAGUUGUUGUGGACGAAAACAUCAAAAUGUGUUUUUGCUCGCCUGCGACCUUACUGUGUAUCUGCUCGACACCUGCAACCACUGUGAGCUGGGGAAGGGUACACGCUGGCAAAAAAAAAAAAAAGAAAAGAAAAAUCCCACUGUAGCGAUUGAUACUUAAAAAACACGGAUUUUGCAGGGAAGUCAGUGAUGCCACACCAUCUAUCUUUUGAUAAUGUUUGUAAACGAUGAUUUUGAAUCCCAUUCCAUGCUCUGGAAGUGCUGUGCCGCAGUGGAGAGACGGUUGUAAGCGUAUGGGCGUCAGUAUUUGGUUAACAAAUUAAAUAGCUUGUGAUUGUUUAGUCAAAGAUGCGGCUGUAGCCUCAGGUAGCCUGUGCUUUGAAAGCAGACAGAUUGUUCUUAUCCUUUAAAAAAAUAAAACAAACAAAAAAAACCCUUAACAGUUGAUUCUCACCUGGAUGAGUCAGCAUCUUUUGUUGUAGGUGUUUGUAAAACACUAGUUCAGACAUGGGUGAGGGCUCUAAGUAGCAGUGUAGUAGCAUUAGUGUGAAGAACAUUCGUUCAAAACUGGGUUUGUUAUCGUUGUUAUAAUAUCUCCUGUGUAUCCUUCGCUAACCUCUAAUCUUUAUCUACCUGUGGUUUUCACUGUGAUUUAAUCAAUAACAGAUAAAACUCGAGUUAUUUUGCUGUGUCCUAGAUUUUCAAUCAUGUACAGAAAUGCCACGACUUCAGAGUCUCAUCAUGAGUUCUCACCCUGCAGACACAGAUAACUAUGGCAUAUUUUCCCCCUUGUUAAUAAUGUAAAUUUCUGAUUGUAAUCUACUGUUGAUGUAUUCUGCAGAUAUUGUGCUAAUCCUCUAGUCAGUAUGAGUUAGCUUUAAAUAGUUAAGCUCUAAUGUAGGCACAGAAACUGUCGGCUACCCUCCUGGCAGUCAUUGUAUUCCCACCAGGCUUCUAUGAUAUUUGUGGUUACUGGCAUGUUGUGUGUGUUUUGUUUUUUUUUUUUGUUUUUGUUUUGUUUUUUUAAUUUAAUGUAUGAUGAUAGCAGUUGAAAAUUGCAAAGAUAAGCUGACACUUGGAAUAUUAUACUUCUGCAGCGCAUUUAUAAUAAAGACACAAUGCAUGUGA